AUGCAGCUACUCACAAAAAUUCUACUAGCCUUUUCUGGCUUAUUAGUCGUCAAUGCAGCCCCUUACGAUGCUGAAAAGCGUGAUGGCAACUACCGGUCUGUAGCAUACUAUGUGGACUGGGCAGUCUAUGCUCGAAACUUCCAUGUCCAGGACUUGCAUGACAUGGUGCCAUAUCUGACACACAUACUGUACUCGUUUGCCAAUCUCGACGAGAGCACUGGUGAAGUCCUCCUCGGCGACAAGUAUGCCGACAUUCAAAAAACAUAUCCCGGCGAUCCAACGAACGACAAUGGACAUAAUGUCUAUGGCUGUGUCAAGCAAUUGUACCUCUUGAAGAAAGAAAACCGAAACUUGAAAGUGUUGUUGUCUAUUGGUGGUUGGUCAUGGUCGUCUCGGUUUGCAGGUGCAACCGGUACUGAAGCGAACCGUGCCAAUUUUGUGAGAACUGCUGUUGGAUUUGUGCAAGAUCUUGGGUUCGACGGUAUUGAUAUUGAUUGGGAGUAUCCAUCCAACUACACCGAGGCGGAUAAUUAUGUGACCCUUCUCAAAGAACUUCGUGCUGGCUUGGACAACUAUUCUGCUGCACACACACCUGGUUAUCACUACCUGCUUAGUGCAUCUGUACCUGCAGGGCCAUCCCACUAUGAGAUAUUGCAUAUCUCUCCUAUGAAUCAGUACUUGGACAUGUGGAAUCUCAUGGCAUACGACUACAGCGGCAGUUGGGACAACGUUACAGGAAUGGAUGCCAACGUGUACCAAAAAACAGCAUAUCCCAACUCGACUCCGUUCAACACCGAUCAAGCCAUUACCUACUACACCGGGAACGGUGCUUCUGCAAGUAAGAUCAACUUGGGAUUACCCCUCUACGGACGGGCCUUCCAAAACACGGAUGGGCCUGGUACGACUUACUCUGGCGUCGGGCCAGGUUCAUGGCAGGAUGGGGUCUGGGACUACAAGGCGCUUCCUCGGCCCGGUGGAACGUUGUAUCAUGAGGACUCGUCGGUCUCUGCGUGGACUUAUGACCACGCGCAGCGUUAUAUGGUCAGCUACGAUACUCCUGCCAUUGUCCAGACCAAAGCGAGCUAUAUCAAGUCAAAGGGUCUUGGUGGAGGAGCGUUCUGGGAGAGCAGUGGUGAUAAGACUGGGUCGGACAGCUUGAUUCAUACGCUCGUCAAUGCACUCGGCGGAAAUGGCGUACUCCAACGUGCAGAUAAUGAGCUCAACUACCCAGCUUCUCAGUACGACAACAUAAGAAAGGGAAUGCAGUAG